AUGGGAUGUACGACGGGCCACCUGGCCUGCCAGCCUCAGCCCCAGCCAGGCUCGGGGCAGGAGGGCCCGUCCCUGGAGGCCGGCGGGACCAAAGUGCCGGAGGUCCUGUCCUCCCUGGAGCGUCUGUCCCAGGCCACCGGGGGCAUGGAGAAGUCCUGGUACCGCUGCAUCUUCCCCUUCGGGAUCAUCUCCCUGGUGAUCGGGGCGGCCGGCACCGGGGUGACCUACACCUACAACGACCUGCCGCAGACCAAGGUGGUGUCGCUGGUGCUGCUGGUCUCAGGGCUGCUGCUGCUGCUGAUGGCAACUGCCUGCUGGACCGUCCACAAGAAGAAGAGGAGGAAAAAGAAGGAGGGAGGCUCAUUCAGCUCUGAGCAGUGUCCCCUGUGA